AUGUUUUCAAGAACAACGGGGAUAACCCGCGGAAAGGAAAUCCUUCCCGCAUGCAGUUUCAAAGAACUGCCGAGACUGUCUCUUGCUGCUGCUUUCCCUCCACUGCGGUCGCUGCACUCCAUCGCGGCGAGCCUGAGCAGCCAAGCAGCAGCUGCGGCGCCACCCGCGGAUUCCUCAGGAUCCACCGCAGCAGCAGCUCCUGACGCAGCUUCCAGCCCUUUAGUCGACUCCAAAGAAACUGGAGAAUCUCAGGAGUCAGUUUUGGCACUCAAAGGCGAGGAAAGCUGCAGCAUUGUUCCGCCGGAGGGCUCUUACGCGCAGGAGCUGCUGGAGCACAUUCGAAGAGUUGAAAGAGAUAGGCGGCAGCGGCAGCUCGUCGACCCGCAGUUUUCGCGCAUGAAGGACAAAAUGAAGGCUGCUUACGAAAGCGGGAACACGAAAGAGUAUCAGCGGCUGCGCGCUGAGACGAAGCAGUUUCUGAAGCAGCACGGGAUUGGGGUAUUGCCCACAUCCUUUUUGCAAAUGCUGCUGCUGGGCCUGGCCAUCUCGCUUUCGACUCCGGCUAUUAGAGCCAUCUCAGCGGACCCUUUCAACUGGAAAAGCUUCGCUGUGGAGCAGCCGGCGUGGCUGGAGAGUUUGGCGCUGCCGGAUGCCUCUGGACUCGCAGCUGCAGUCUGUUGGCUGGUGUUUGUCUCGACUAUGGCGGCCGGGUGGAUGGUCUCUGCGAAAAUCCAGAAAAGAUGCCCCUCGCCUCCAGCCUCUUCAGGCUUCGCCUCUCCCGGCGUAAUGCGCGGCUUUGGCCUCGUGGCCGCGACAACUUUCGCUUUCUACAGCGGCACGCAGCUGCCGGCGGCCGCGCUGCUGUUUUUGGUGCCAGCAUUUGCCCUUCAGAGCGCUUUAAUGCGCAUCUUCAGACUCCGAUCCGUGGAGAGUCUUCUCCACUUGGUCCCCGAGGGGCUGCGGCCGCUGCAGCAAACUUACUUGGGGCUGCUGCAGCGGCGGCAGCCGGCCCUCAUGGCUGCCUGGAAGCGCCGCGCCCGCGACCCCCGCUACAGAGAAGCUGCAGCAGAUGCAGCAGCAGCGGGAGCAGCAGCAACAAGCCGCGCCGUGCUGCAGCUGUGGAAGGAGCUUUCGAGUGAGUCGGCAGCAGCUGGCCCGGCAAAGCUGCAAACUUGGGCCCAGCAGGUCGCCGCCAAGCAGCAGCAGCAGCAGCAGCAGCUACGGCUGCAGCAGCAGCAGAAGCGCUUUCGCUGCUACGCAGCAGCAGCAGCACCGCAACAGCUGCUGCCUCGUAACGUGUGA